AUGUUCCUAGACGCCAUCAACCAAGCCCCCGGCCUACGAACCUUCUCCACGCCUUUCCCACAGCCCAUCAACGCCAUAGACGCCGACCCUAACGCCCUGAUCCCGACCUGGGGCCGGUACUACCGCGCGCGCCGGAGGGCAAGCGAGCACCUCAUCCACGGCCUCACACACAAGCCGAGCUCCUCCCGCGCCGGAGUCCUCCUGACGGACUUUGCAAUCGGGGCUGGGAUCGGCGCCGUGGCCGCCGUCGCGGCCGUGGCCGUCAUAGCGUGCGGGAUCGCAGUAGUCGUCGGCCUGACCAUCGACGUCGUAACUGGUGUCGUAAUCGAUGCGGCAAUACGCAUCGCCGUCGUGUGCAUGAGGGCCGGAGCGAGGCUCGCGGCCAAGUUCGUUGCCAGCCUCCUUGGCGGGGCAGCGAGUGUACGCAAGGAACAAUCAAUCGAUAAUACCUGCGCCGCCGUGGUUCCCGCAUCGAGCACUGUCACUGUCGUGCCGGUACCACGCCGCAGCUUCGCACCACGAUACAUCUUUGGGAGCACACAGGCGAGGUCGGGGAAGUCUGGGCUGAGGCCUUUGAGACUGGCGGCCUCGGCAGGAGUGCGUCUGGGUGGCUCGCCUGCCGCACAGCGGUAUUCGGACUGGAAGAAGGAUAAGGGCGUGACUGUGUUUGCUACGAUUGCCUUGGAGCAGUGGAAGCAGAGGGUCACGAGCCGCAUCAGGAGGAGGAGCUAA